GGAAUCUCUUGGGAUGGACAAGCACUCACACAGGACAAAGGACGACUCACAGCACUCUAAACAUUUCGGAAUAUGAGGCUAUUGAAAAUUGUGUUCAUUGUUUGUACCGGAUUAGCGGCCAGCUACGCUCUUACUGAUCCGGUUAUAUUGACAGCAGCAGAUAUAAAAGCCUUUUUAGAAACUCAUAACUUAGCUCGUAAAGCAGUAGGGCUCAAAGACCUAGUUUGGAACAGCACGUUGAGUGCAUCUUCAGGAACCUACGGGUCUCAAUGCUCAUGGGCUCAUAGUCUUGGAAACUAUGGUGAAAAUCUCUAUGCAGGAUAUCCUAUAAAUACAAACCACACUGCGUUGGCCGCAUCAGCUGUCAAGAGCUGGGUGUCAGAGAAAGCCGUGCAGGAUCCACCUGCCUGGAAAUGUAUGACAGCUUCACCUACCUGUGGUCAUUAUACUCAGGUCGUAUGGAGAACUACAACUUCCGUUGGCUGUGCUGCUAUCCACUGUCCACAAACAAUUAACAAAUUGCUGGCCAAUUAUGUACUCUGUCAGUACUGGCCAAGAGGAAACUACAUAGGAAAGGCGCCGUACUAAAGUGUUAGCAAAGUCCAGAGUCCAGUUAGACUCAACAUUAUCACCACUAGAAUGGAUAAGGUCUAUAGAAUAUAGAGAUGCAUGCUUGCUUGUAAUGGCUGUGAUUUGAUGUAUAAUUACAUUUGAAUUGUACACCAAGAGUGAGAUGUAAAUGAAGGAUUUGUAUCUCCAUAUCUUCAGAGUUGCGAAUGACAAGUAAUAACAGAAAAUUAUCAAGUAUUUAUUUAACUAGAUUCCUAUACUAUGUAAUAGUUGUAAUACAAUGACAACGAAAUUAUUGUAUAUACUGUAAUGAACACUAUAAAUAGUUUCAAUAAAUAAGUGCUAAUGAUA